CUCCACGCCGCUCCCGUUGACGCUUCCUCUUUGCGGCGACGAGGCUGUCAUUGUGCAUGUCUGACAGCUUCGUUCCACACCGUUUCGGGAUCAGGGAACCCUCCCUUUACUACAACUGCCUUCUUCACUUCGUUUCUGCGCUAUAGUCAUUCAAAGCCUCCGCCACUCCGUGCCCGUUCCUUUGACUCGGCCUCUGCUCCUCACUUUUCUCUUUUGUCACGCUUUGAACCGUCUCAUCUGCGAUGUCCAAUCCUUGCUUCAAAUCGUUGGGAUUGUUUAUUUUAUGAGAGCCGUUUUUCCUGGCCACCAUGCCUAUCUUACAACCGUCUUAUGACGAUAUAGAAUCCGCUCACCACAGCCGACAUGAUGAAGCUCGUGGUCUUUCUGCGGGACCUCGUGAGACCAGUCGAGAUCUUGAGAAUGCAGCGAUACCGAUUGGAGACCGAAUGGUGGAUACUGGCCUGUUCAGACUGAGCACAAGUGGUAGAGAGGAACUCAUACGGUAUAUAAAGAAGGGUGACAUCCCGAGUUGGAUGGGCAAUUAUUCGGCAAGGCACUCUGACAAUCAAUCCCACACUCAUUAUGGAUCAUCGCAGAAUCAGCAAAUUAAAGAAAAUGUCUUGCGAGGAGAUGCCUGUGACGAGGAAGAGGAAGAGGAAGAUAGUACCAACAGGAGUGGUGUUCUAAUAUCUCCUGCCGAGAUUGAGAGGCCUCGUUCGGCUCUCCACUCAGGAGACUUUCGAGAAGGCGUUACCAAACUGCAUAUUCCGGGAUUGCAGACGCAGAGCAGUACGACUUGUGGGAAUUUUAGCUCUUCGCCCACUACUCCCUGGUACACCCCUUCACUCUCUUCCUCGUUACGGGGGCACAAGUCGCUUAGCUACAGCCGUGAGCAACUGUUUUCAACUGGAAAUCGAUCACGAGCUCCGUCAUUGGGUUCCUACUCGUCGAGUUAUGUUCUGAAGGCUCCCACAAGUCCUCUAGUUUAUCAAGCCAACAAUACAGACUUGGACUUCUCUCCCAGAACUGACGUACAUAGCCCGUCUAACUCUGUGGACAAAGCCAGCCGUCGGCGAACGUUACCUCCGGAGACCUUGCCGGGCCUUGAUUCGCCCAGGUCGGGAACCAUUAAUUUCGGUAUGCCUCCGCGGUCAUCAACUUAUACUCUUCAGCUCGCAUCCUCAGUUCAGACCUCUCCCUCUCGUACGAGAAGGCAGUCACUAGUUUCUGACAUGUCGCCAAAGCCUCAUGCCCCUAUGGUUGGCUCAUAUGAAGAGUCAAUUCUUCGUGGAAGGAUGUCGAUGUGUCCUUCAAAGCCGCUAGAUUUUACUGCACAGAUCGGUGUUUUAGGGAAAGGCAAAUGCAAAGCAAACUUAAAAUGUCCGCCACAUGUCACGGUCGCUUUCCCUGCGGUGUUUUACAGCUAUCCGACUUCUGGCAAUGGUCGUUCUAUAGCCGAUGACAGCCCAAGCCCUUACGUUGGCCUGAUAGACCUCGAGAAUUCCCUACCCAAGGAUGACUCGGAGUUAAAUCCACGCCGCAGACGCCACCGAAACCCCACGGAUGCUUCUAGCGAUCCGUUUAUCGACUCUUGUGAUCAAAAGACCACUUACAGCUCCCAAGAGGCACUACGCAGGCGAGAAAAGAAGAGUCGGAGGACUGAUUCACCCAAGCGUCCGGCAGGAGGUUGUUAUAGAAUUCCACAGCAGGGCCAGCUGCAGAUCGUGAUCAAGAAUCCCCACAAGACCGCCGUCAAGCUGUUUCUUGUGCCGUAUGAUCUUAUUGACAUGGAACCUGGUACCAAAACAUUCAUCAGACAGCGGAGUUACUCGGCAGGUCCGAUAUUAGACAUGCCACUAACAGCACGGAAAAAUUUGGGUACGGAUCGUCCCGAGGCGUCCCUGAACGCGACGGAGGACCUGAGGGACAAGCCAGUCCUGAGAUACCUUAUUCACCUGAACAUUUGCUGUCCUUCAAGAGGCCGCUUUUACCUUCACUCCAGCAUUCGCGUAGUAUUUGCCAAUCGAGUCCCUGAUGGCAAGGAAAGGUUGCGCAAUGAAAUACAGUAUCCUGAUCCAAGAUAUGCACCCUAUAAGCCCAGUACAGGCACAAAAAUGAGUGACAGACCUUAUCGGAGGCAAGCUGGAGAAUUUUGCUUGUCGGAGAGGCUGAUUCCCUCUGCCAGCGACAGCGUAAGAUUCUCACAGUACUCAAGCCACCUUUCAACAAGUACACAAGACGACGCAUCCGCUGGUCCAUUCCAGCCAUCAGCAUCGUCGUCGACAAUAGAUGAGAGAUUCCUCUCGACAGGUUCUAGCGUCGAUCACUACAGGAGGGAGAGCCACGAAUGGGCCCCGAUGCGGUCUUGCCGUCUCCCUGAGCUGCCUGACACAAACCUUACUAGUGCUGAAAUGUACAGCAAACUCAGCAAAGGAGAUGUUGGCUAUGGUGGCUACCCAUUUAUGUCUGUCUCCAGUGGCUCAGAAGCUGGCGAAAGCUUACUAGCCCAGCGGUUGAAGGGGCUUGGUGUUCAGAAAAAAGACUGAUGCCAGUGGAGCAGAUGCAGAUUAACAAUGGACACCCUAAUUCAAUUUCCAUUAAAUGCUUUACAUGUCCAUUGACCGGUAUACUUAUUUUAUCCCCCUUUCAUUUGUUUCUUUUUUCUUUUUUUAUAUAUCACGGUUGGGUCUUGGGUGUACAGGUGCCCUCUAUACUAACUGAACAGGCGUAUCGAGAGAUUCAGGCUCAUCUUCUAUCUGAAUUGCAUUCACCGUGGAGUUCUCAAUCUUAAAGGAUAAAUUGGGCAGACUAGAAGGCUCACAGGUCGUAUAAUAAACCCCUCUUCUUCUAUUUAUAUGGGCGAACAAGGAUUUUCGAAGCCAUUGAUGCGAACAACAGUCCAUGGCUUUUCUGGCGUUCUCGUCGGGCUUAUUUCACCUCUUUGACUCGGCGCAAUGGCGAUCAGGAAGGUACUGUCUUUUUCUUUCUCUUCAUUUUCUUCUGCCUUGAUCAUCAUAUAGAAAUUUCGAACUCGCUACCAAUACAAUACAAGGACCAUAUCCACUUUUAUCAAUUCCCUCCCCUUCUGUACUAACAUGAUAAGUGAGAGGAACAAGAGGGGAGUGGUU